AAGAAAGAAGGGUAUAUAAAGAAGACGUCGAAGAAACAGGUCGGCUUGAAAUAAAGCCCCGAGUUGAGCAGGCUUUAUUGCCAUGUGUUAGUAUUGGUUGAACAAUGAACUCACAAAUCAAUGCGUCUAAAGUGUACAAGGGCGUUAUUGACGAAGUGAUCAAAAAUGUCCGCGAAGCUUUUCUUAACGAUGGUGUAGACGAACAAGUUCUACAGGAAUUGAAGCAGAUUUGGGAAAGCAAGGUCACCCAGUCAGAAGCAUUAUCUGCCCCGCCGCAAUCGAAGCCAAGUACACCAGUAAUAUUGUCAAACCAAACUGCUGUUGUGCAUAGCACGUCACAACAACAAAUGAACAUUCGUAGACAAAUACCUACAAAGGCUAUGAACAUCUCCCAAUCAAUAGCCAGUUCUGGAUCAAUGACAGUCAAAACACAACAGAGAGAGCAUUUUAUGACACCACAACAACAGUACAUUUCUCACCAACCUCAUGCACAGUUCACCCAGAUAUUGGUACCUGGAAAUGGAGUGCCCACCAUUCAACAACAGAUGCACAUGCCACCUCAUUUACGUCCCGCCUAUCAUGGUUUGUCGGCCAUUCAAACCAAAGGUGAACCAAGUCGGCAGGUUGUACAUGUCACCAAUCAAACCAUUCAAAACAACCAUCCGACUAUACAGAAAAUCCAAAGCCAAACAACCAAACAACAGCAACAGACAGCGAGACCCUCUGUCAUAAUCCAGGUGGAUGGUCCAAAUGAUAGUGAUAGCGAGGAGGAUGAUGAUGACGAAGAUGACGAUGAUGAAAAUAAUACUUCAAGUCACAAUGAAGAUGAGGAAGAUAAACCAACUGAAGAUUCUGAACCCCUGAACUCGGAUGAUGAUCUUCCUGACAGCGAUAGCUCUGAUCUUUUUGAUACUGAUAAUGUUGUUGUUUGUCAGUUUGAUCGGAUAACCCGAAGCAAAAACAAGUGGAAAUUUCAUCUCAAAGACGGCAUCAUGAACUUGAAUACAAAAGAUUUCAUUUUCAACAAAGCAAAUGGCGAGGCUGAAUGGUAGCGAUCUGUGAUGUGUUGCCUUGCUCAGACAUGAUGCAUUAAUUUAACUUGAAAUAGGACAAUAAAAACUUUUUGGUUUUCACUCUGUUUAGUAAUGCAAAGGGUCAUACCUCUUGCUUUUAAUAAUUUUAUUGAUUCAUAGUCAGGCAAAUAGAAAUAGGCACACACCAAUUACACAACACUCUCUUA